CCCUCUGAAAAAGUGGGUGGUGCGUUUUCGGCAAAUGGCGCACGUAACCGUAUGAAACGCAAAGAUUUGCUUUCGGAACGACCGGCUUUGGUGCGAAUUUACCAGAAAAGUGUCGCGAACUUGAAGAGUUUCAGGAUCCUAGGGAAUUGAUAGUACGCUGGUGCAGUGAUAAGGCGGCAAGAUGCCGGCAGUGCGAGGCGAUGGCAUGCGAGGCCUGGCGGUUUUCAUCUCCGAUAUCAGAAAUUGCAAAAGCAAAGAGGCUGAAAUAAAGAGAAUCAACAAGGAGCUGGCCAACAUCAGAAGCAAGUUCAAAGGAGACAAGACCCUUGACGGAUACCAAAAGAAGAAAUAUGUGUGCAAGCUGUUGUUUAUUUUCCUGCUUGGUCAUGACAUCGACUUUGGCCACAUGGAAGCUGUCAACCUUCUCUCAUCCAAUAAAUAUUCAGAGAAGCAAAUCGGUUAUCUCUUCAUAUCCGUGCUGGUCAACACAAGGAGUGACUUGAUAAAUCUCAUUAACCAAAGUAUCAAGAAUGAUCUGCAGUCAAGGAACCCAAUCCAUGUGAAUCUGGCCCUCCAAUGCAUCGCAAAUAUCGGCAGCAAAGAAAUGGCAGAGGUUUUUGGACAUGACAUCCCCAAACUCCUAGUUUCAGGUGAUACAAUGGACGUGGUAAAGCAGUCGGCAGCCCUUUGUUUGCUGCGGCUGUUCAGGACAUCCCAAGAAAUCAUUCCAGGGGGUGAGUGGACAUCAAGGAUCAUCCACCUACUGAAUGACCAGCACAUGGGUGUCGUCACUGCAGCGACUAGCCUGAUUGAUGCGCUUGUCAAGAAGAACCCUGAUGAAUACAAAGGAUGCAUCAGCUUGGCUGUGUCCAGACUCAGCAGGAUUGUUACUGCAAGUUACACUGAUCUUCAAGACUACACAUACUAUUUUGUACCAGCUCCAUGGUUGUCUGUUAAAUUGUUGAGGCUCCUGCAAAAUUACUCACCCCCAGAUGAUCCAGGCGUCAGGGGCAGGCUUAUCGAAUGCUUGGAGACAAUUCUGAACAAAGCCCAAGAACCUCCUAAGUCCAAAAAGGUGCAACAUUCGAAUGCCAAAAAUGCAGUGCUGUUUGAAGCAAUAAGUCUCAUCAUCCAUAUGGACACUGAGCCAAACUUGCUAGUGAGAGCGUGCAAUCAGCUCGGCCAAUUCCUAUCAAACCGAGAGACAAAUCUGAGGUACUUGGCGCUUGAGUCAAUGUGCUUGCUUGCGACUUCAGAAUUCUCACAUGAUGCUGUUAAAAAACACCAAGAAGUGGUCAUUCUGUCGAUGAAGAUGGAGAAGGAUGUGUCUGUUCGCCAACAAGCUGUUGAUUUGCUGUACGCCAUGUGUGAUAAGACCAAUGCAGAGGAAAUUGUGCAAGAAAUGCUGAACUAUCUCGAAACUGCUGAUUACUCAAUUAGAGAAGAAAUGGUUUUGAAAGUGGCGAUUCUGGCUGAAAAAUAUGCAACCGACUACACGUGGUAUGUUGAUGUGAUCCUGAAUCUGAUCCGAAUCGCUGGUGACUACGUGUCUGAAGAGGUUUGGUACCGCGUCAUCCAGAUCGUCAUCAAUAGGGAUGACGUACAGGGCUACGCAGCCAAAACCGUCUUUGAGGCCUUGCAGGCGCCCGCAUGCCACGAAAAUAUGGUCAAGGUUGGCGGCUACAUCCUUGGCGAAUUCGGCAACUUGAUCGCUGGUGACCAAAGGUCUUCGCCGUCGGUGCAGUUCCAGCUGCUACACUCCAAGUACCACUUGUGCUCGCCAAUGACCAGGGCGCUGCUGCUCUCUACGUACAUCAAGUUCGUCAAUCUGUUCCCUGAGAUCAAAACACAGAUCCAGGAAGUCUUCAAGCAACACAGCAAUCUGCGCAGUGCUGACGCCGAACUACAACAGCGCGCCUCAGAGUACCUUCAGCUCAGCAUUAUUGCUUCCCACGACAUGCUGGCAACUGUCCUUGAGGAAAUGCCUGUGUUCCCUGAGCGAGAAUCUUCAAUUCUUGCGGUACUAAAGAAGAAGAAGCCUGGCCGUGUGCCAGAAAAUGAGAUUCGGGAGCAUAAGAGUCCCGUUCCAGGCUCCACAGCCAACCACCAGGAAGAAAGAUCUGCUACUAAGACAGUCUCUGCGAACGCCUCUACUGACCUUCUGGGCCUGUCCACUCCUCCAGCAGCCCCAACCGCUGGCAACACUGGUGUCUUAGUUGACAUGCUUGGAGAGCUUUACACCUCAGGGUCCCCACAGCCUCACGCCAACAACGUAGCUGCACAAAACGCUUACAAUCCUGCCAAGUUUGUUUGUAAAAACAAUGGCGUACUCUUUGAAAAUGAUCUGAUCCAAAUUGGAGUUAAGUCUGAGUUCCGGCAAAAUCUUGGUCGCAUCACGCUGUUUUAUGGUAACAAGACUUCGACAGCCUUGCAAAACUUCUCUGCCGCAGUGACCAAUCCUCCUGAGUGCGUUGGAAAACUCAACGUGCAGAGCAAAAAAGUGGACCCAACAGUCGAAGCAGGGGCUCAAGUGCAACAAAUGGUCAACGGCGAAUGUGUAUUUGACUAUCCAGAUGCGCCUAGCUUGACCGUAACCUUCACAUGCAAUGGAACACCACAGAAGUUGAGCUUGAGACUGCCAUUGACAGUCAACAAAUUCUUUGAGCCGACUGAAAUGACUGGCGAAGUAUUCUUUGCCAGAUGGAAAAAUCUUAGCGGGAAUGAACAAAGAUCGCAGAAAAUCUUCAAAGCAACCCAGCCAAUGGACAACACUGCCAUUCGCACCAAGCUUAUUGGCUUUGGUAUGCAGCUGUUGGACGGAAUCGAUCCUAACCCUGAAAACUUUGUGUGCGCCGGCAUUGUCCACACCAGCAAGCAACAAAUUGGUUGCCUCUUGAGAUUAGAACCAAAUAAACAAGCGCAGGCAUCAAAUGGAUUUUAUGAUUCGCCAACCACCAUGGAUAUGUUCCGGUUGACGGUGCGUUCUAGUAAAGAAUCUGUUGCAGUUACGGUGUGCGACCUUCUGGUGGAUCAGUUCUAGGAUGUAAUAAACUGUAUGGAGAAAAUUUUCUGUCUAAAAUAUUCUCUUAUUCAACUGCGUAAGGUGUUACAUGAUUGUUCAUCAACAUUUCACUACUCGAUCCCCAGCCAAUGGAUGUACACACUCUGUAUGUGAAUCGAAUGAGUAUAGAAAACACUGUUAAAUUAAACAAGCUGGUGGUGUGAACUAAUUAUUUGAGCACAAAGGCGCAUAUUUGUUGGUUACUAUCCACAUAAUGAUGAAGGAUGUCAAAACGGAACGGGAACAAGUUGUUAAAACCUAUCACAGCCUUUUCUUGUUAGCGCUUGAUUAGUGCUCAAAUCCUAACUGACGGCAGUUUGUUGAAGAAACAGGCUGAAAAAUAUUUUGUUUGUGGCGUCAAAAAGCUUGGUCAAAUGAGAUAAUUUUGUGCAAUAGACAUAUUUAUUGGCCGCUCCAUAUGACUAAAAGACACAACGGUGGUGAAUGGUCUAGUAGAAGCUGGGAGUUUUUAAUUAGGUAUCAGUGAUAUGAUUGUAAUUGUUUGGCGUGAAUGCCUCUGACCUUUCCAAAUGGCUGGCUGCUGCAUGCUGAUUGUGAGUUACACAGGCUGUGUAAAUUGAGUGGAUGGGCUGUGCGUGUAUUGGAAGAAUGGAAUUUGGAAUAAUAUAUCACCUAACGUUUAUCGUAGAUAUCAAGCCAAGCCAUAGGGGCUGCAUCGCAGUUUAAUUUGUCCGAGUGGAAGAAAAAGUCUGUAGAUCAGUGAAGGAUGAGUUUUUCUCUUCGACUUUUUAAUUUUUAUUGUUAAUUGUUAUCAUUGAAUGAAUGAAUCAACUGAUAUUCUGUAAUGCUAAUUACAUGUAAGAAGGAAAUGAAUUUACCUAUUAUGCAUGUAGUGAGGACUUUAGUUAAUUGAUUUGCAUGCCUGCAUGCCAAACAUAGACCAGAUAUAACCGGAUGUUUUAAUUCAUUUGCUCAAAAGUAAUAAAACAUAUAUGCAAAUAGGAAAAAUCAUUGUAAACUAGGAUGAGACAAGUCUUUUAAAGUUAUGUUUAUAUUAUCUACGACAGCUAUGCAAACGAAGCUAUCAACUAAUUGGUUAUUCUUGUUGAGUAAGAACUCUCGAAAUGUUUGAUGCAGGUUUUCGCAAACUGAUUUUUCUACUUUGAUCCUUCAACAUUCCAAGCAGACGCGAAACAAACUUAUCCAGUGACUUAAAAUGUACUGAGAUGAAUUUUUGGGUUUUGAACUGAAAACGAGAUCCUGUCUCGUGCGAUUGUCAUGAAACUAUAUCAAUAUCAUGUAAUUGGCUAUAACCAAAAAUACAGAAGACCUAGACUAAAAUAGGCACAUACAAGAGUUGUUAGAUUCAAAGUUGUAGUGAAAUCUAUAUGCAAAAAUGUAACGAUAUAAUAAAUAUAUUGUAAAGUUAA